AGCGACAGUUGCUAUGGAGCUCGCGGAGGACUGGCUGGUGGAGUCUUUGCGCUUGUACCAAGAUUUCCAUGCAUUUGACCUCUCAGGAGCCACUCGAGUCCUUGAGUGGAUUGGUGAAAAAGGAGUUUUUGUUGCUGGUUAUGAAAGUUUGAAAAAAAAUGAGAUUCUUCAUUUGAUACUACCUCUCAGACUCUCUGUAAAGGAAAACCAGGGUUUAUUCCCAGAGAGAGAUUUCAAAGUGCGCCAUGGAGGAUUUUCAGACAGAUCUGUCUUUGACCUAAAGCAUGUGCCAGAUACCAGGUUGCUGGUGACCAGUGGCCUUCCAGGGUGUUCCUUACAGGUGUGGCAAAUUGGAGAGGACAGUGAUGUCAUUGAAGCUGUCAGUACCAUUGAUGUGCAGGAAGGAGAGGAGAGUCUAUGGCCUCGAAUGUCUGUCUUCUCCUCUGCGGCACCUGGAAUCCUCCACGGGGCGCGGCUCAGUGGCCUGAGGACUGUGGACCUAGAAUCCCAGAAGAUCACCUACAGCUCUGGUACUGCCACAGUGCGCCCCCUGCUGGCUCCUCCAGCCCGCUCUGUCCCUUAUUCCGGCUCAGCCCAGAGACGUCCUCCAGCCUCUGCCAGAUGCUGUGGUACCAGUGAUAGUGAGUCAUUGAGUAGCCUUCAGGUCCUAGAUGCGGACACCUUUGCAUUCUGUGGCACCUCCGGUCGGCUGGGGCUUGUGGACACCCGCCAGAAGUGGGUGCCACUGGAGUCUCUGAACCCCAGCCCUAGCUCUAGUGGAGAGAGAUGGUGUGCAGAAGUUAGGAACAGGGGACAAGGCCCUGAGCCCUGCAUCGCCAGCCUUGGCUCAGAUGGACAGCUCUGUCUCCUUGACCCCCGGAAUCUCUGCAAUCCUGUGAGCUCAGCCCAGUGCCCAGUGUCCAAACCCAGCCCUGACCCAGAGCUGCUGCGAGUGACUUGGGCUCCAGGCCUGGACAACUGCUUGGCUAUUUCAGGCUUUGAUGGGACAGUGCAGAUCUAUGAUGUCACAUCAUGGGAUGGAAAGAAAGGCCAAGUGGAACCUCUUUUCACUCACAGAGGCCACAUCUUCCUGGACGGAAAUGAGGUUGACACCGCUCCUCUGGUCACCACCCACACCUGGCACCCUUGCAAACCCAGAACUUUGUUAUCAGCAGCAAGUGAUGCCUCUCUGCAUGUGUGGGACUGGGUGGACCUCCAGGCCUCCUGUUGACACCAGCAGUUCCCUCCUGGGCCUCUGAGAAGAGGGGAGUUGAUGGAGGACUCUGAGUGACCACGGGUCUACCACAGCUGUUGGCUCAGGCAAGUCAGGCUGCCCUUCUGUCCCUUUCCUCAUCUGUAAAAUGAAGGUGUUAGUAACCCCCACCCAGGCGUGCCACAAGUCAAGUCGCCGAGGUAGUUGGUGGUGCUGUGGCACAGCCCUGGUUGGAAGCGGCUGGUGGAUCCAGGAGCCCACCUCUCCAAGUGUAAAGUGGUGUGGCUGUUCCUGUCUUCUUGACAGCCUCGUGGUGAGAAGAGAGCCAGGUGUGAAUGUGGGUGUGAACUUUUUCACAGAAGGAAAGAAUGUUUAAGGGCCAAUAAACAUUGAAAAAAAAAGGU